AUGCACGAGCCCGUGCCCCCGGGAUCCCACUUCCUCCCGCCCGCCCUCUCCACUGCCAAGGACGGCCGCCGGGGCGGACCGGCUACACAGCUGCUCCAGGACCGGAGGCUGAGCUCGGCCAGCGGAUUAGCAGCAGGGAGGCGCUGGGCGGGAAGCGGAGGGGGUUGGGACCGACCACGCCACGCGGCGCCCAUCCCCCACCCGCACCACCACCUAUUGCGGCCUCUGCUCUCAACCCGCCCGCCCAGCUCGCUGCAGCCUUUCAGGCCUCCACCAACCGGCUCGCAACACUCCCGUUUUCCCACCGCCGCCGGGGAGGUCCGAGAGAAGGAAAAUGGCGGCCCCGCGCUCGCCGUCCCGCCUCUGUACCCACCUCAGGCUUGCGGAGGAGGCCGCCGCCUACCGCUGCCCUCCGCGGGGACAGCCCAGCCCUCGCGCCCGCCGCCCGCCGCCACCCGAGAGCUGCACACGAGGACCCGGAUGGAGGAGGCGCGGGCGGGCGGGCCGCAGCAGCCAGAGGGAAGGCAGCGCGGGCACCGGGAGGCCGAGGCAUGGGCGGGCUCAAGAGCAGCGCACGAACUCAUUGGCGGGACCGUUUGA